GACCCUUUCUGUGCACACGACUUGGGGUCUCGUGGGCCUAGACCGGAAUCUCUUGAUCCGAGUAUCAAAUGAUGAUCACCACCGCAAGUGAUCUUCUCCAACGAAAGCAGCCCCUGUAAUCUCAAACGUGUUUAUAAGAGCCCCAUCUAUCGCAUUCUGCUCCCAUCCUUGACAAACGCAUUGCAAUUGCAAGUCAUUACAAGAACAUACCUGCUGUAAGCCAGUCCAAUAUCUAGCAGAAACUCUUCCACUCAAUCGCUAUGCUCUGCAAAAGUAUCGCAAUGUUGGGAUUGAUGAUUCAAGCGGCGCUGGUGUUUUUCAUGACCCCAGCUACUGUGCUUGCUUCUAUUGUCAACCUUCAGCGCAGGGACCCACCGAACCGGGAACUUCCUUAUCGUUGCCGGGGACCAUGCCAAUAUCCGGAGAAAUGCCAAGACCUUGAUUAUUGCCAGAAGAGGGGCUGCUGCUACUAGAUAUGCUAUGUGUAUGCAUUGGGGUCGGCAAAAUUCAUGCAGUCCAAAUCAUCAGCAAAUGUCGUACAAUUGUUAUCGUUUACAGCUACAAUUCUAUCAUUGAU